AUGGGAGAGACAUCGCUAUUCAAACUUGUGAGUGAGGGUUUGGGAUUUCCUUUUUCCAAGAAAAGCACAGCCGAAAAAGAAAUGAAGAAAGAGAACUCUGAAGAAAAAGCAACGGAACCAACCGAAAAGGAUUCAGAGGGCAAACAAGAAGAAAAUCAAUCCCAGUCUGUUUCGGAACCCUCACCAUCCAUCACUCUCAGUUCUCCUUCCCUCCGAACCCGCAAAUCCCCUUCGCCGCCACUCCAUUCUCUCUCCGACUCCCCCAUCUCCGAUGGCCACUCCUCCCCGCCGCCUCGAAAGCCGCCUCCCGAUUCGUCGUCGGACUCGUCGAUUUCCGAAGGCCACUUCUCGAUCGCCGACCAGCGCCUCUCUCCGCCUGUGGUGACGGCUCACCGGUUCCAGGUGGAGCCCGCGGUGGUGACCAAGGUCGAUCCCGGUGCCGAGGAGGGUUUCGUGAAAGACGUUGAACAAGCCACUGGCGGCGCGGGUAAUCGACGACUGAGACCGGAUGUGUCCGCUUUGUUAAAGUCGAAAAAAAUUGCGACGUGGAGCAAGCUCUUGUUGGGUCUUCGAAUAACCGCUUUUGUUUUCUGCUUGGCUUCUUUCUCGGUGCUGGCCGCUGAUAAGAAACAGGGUUGGGCUCUGGACUCUUUCUAUUUCUACAAGGAAUUCAGGUAUAGUUUGUCAGUGAAUGUGAUCGGGUUUGUGCAUUCUGGGCUACAGAUAUGUGAUCUAUGGCUGUUCUUGACUACGGGAAAGCACGCAGUCGAUCACCACCUUAGGGGUUAUUUCACUUUCGCACUGGAUCAGAUCUUGACAUACCUUCUAAUGUCAGCAUCAUCAUCGGCAGCAACUAGAACUUAUGAAUGGGAAUCCAAUUGGGGCCAGGACAAGUUCCCCUACAUGGCAAAUGCAUCUGUGGCUUUGUCUUUGGUUGCUUUUGUGGCCUUUGCCUUGGCAUCUCUUGUCUCAGGUUCUAUCAUUGUAAGGUUUAGAUAA